UUGAGUUACUCCUAUACUUGCAAGUAACCGUCGGGCUAAAACUUUGUAAUUAUAAGAGUAUCAUCCAUAAAUUACAAUACAUACAUCGGUUACAGAAACUUUCCUCUCUCUCUCUCUCUCUCUCUCUCUCUCUCUCUCUCUCUCUCUCUCUUCCUCUUCUUCUCCCUUCCAUUGCGAACUUGAGAGUUUCAAACUUCAACCACAGAAUCUCUGUAUAUCUUUCAUCUCAUGGGCUCAUUCCUCAUCACUUUGUUCAUUAUCGUAAUCAUCGUCAUCAUCAUUCUUCUCCAAUCUCCGGAUAAAGCCGAGUCACAGACAAUCCAAUCUGCACAUCUACUCGAUCUUCUUGUCCGAGAUUACACGUUCAGAAACUUCGAUAUACAUCUGAAAACGGGCACGAUCCAGAAAAUCCGCCUGCCUUUGAAUUUCUCGGGAAUCAGCAUCGAGACGGUGAAGUUCAGAUGCGGUAGUCUGAGAAGAUACGGUGCAAGAAUCGGAGAAUUUCACAUGGGUCCUGGCGUAACGAUCCAACCAAGCGCGGAGAGAGUCAUGUUGGUGAAACAGAACCUUGGUUCGAACUGGUCUUCGAUUUACUCCACCGGUUUUAACCUAACCGGUCACGGGUACGAGCUCGUUUCUCCGGUUCUUGGUUUGUUAGCCUACAACGCUAACCCCGACGGCGUAGCUAACAACCCUUACGAGGUUAACAUUCAGGGCAAGGAUCAAAACCCGAUCUUGAUAGAUUUCUUGAACAUCAAGGCAAUUACAAACCCUAAAACGAUGAACUCUUCCAUCAUGUGCGCGUGCUUCAAAGGCAACGGUAAUACGACGUUCAGAGAGCAAGUUUCGCCAUACGUAUGCACGGGAACAACACAAGGGCAUUACGCAUUAGUGAUAGAAGCUCGAAGAAGAGAGGAAAAGGGCCGAGGAAACGGCGGCGGAGUGGUGGAUUCUCCGGCGGCGGGAAGAGACGGCGGAUUGAGCAGGUGGAAAGUGGCGGUGGGGAGCGUGAUCGGCGGCGGGAUAGGGGCGUUUUUGCUGGGGCUUUUGGUGGUAGCGAUGGUGGUAAAGGUGAAGAAGAAAGCCAUGAGAGAAGAGAUGGAGAGGAGAGCUUAUGAAGAAGAAGCUCUCCAGGUUUCAAUGGUGGGUCAUGUUAGGGCUCCUGCUUCUUCUGGUGCAAGAAGUGUUCCCAGUCCCAGAUAGAUUUCCCGGGAAGGGAGAAAAAAGGAAAGAUAAAAAAAGGAAAAAAUAAUCACAGCCAUUUCAUCAGUCGCCAUUGUUAAAAACUCUG